UAUAGCGAUCAGCUGAUUGAAACACGUGCAUGCGGUUAUGUUCUGAAAUGUUCGUGUUCUGAAAUCAAAAAGCCGACAACAAUACAAAUUGAAAGUUGUCAUGAAGUUACAAGAAACUUGUUUACAUAGAAAUUGAGUUAAGUUGUUUAAGUGAUUUAAUUUUAUUUGAACAAAUAAAGUUAAUUUUACAGCCAUGUUCAGUGCAAUCAGAAAUUUAGCAACGUUUGUCGGCAGACGGAGUGGGAAAGGCAACUCUAGGGCUCCGAGAAAACCAAAGCCUAAGUUUAGUAAAAAGAAAAAACUCAAAGCUAUGCCAAUAUAUGAUUAUAAAAUAAGCAAACCAUCUGAUCACAGAGUUUACGUUUGGGGUUUGCAAGAUCAUGGAGCUCUAGGUACUGAUAAAAAGCUUUCUCAUCGCAAAGGAGGCGCUGCUUAUUCCGGAUAUCCACAUCGACUAAGUUUUGGAGAAUACUAUCAUGUAACUGAUGUUGCAUGUGGUUAUGGAUUUACAGCUUUUGGCGUGAAAGCUAAAGAUCAUAGGAUUUUAUAUGGAACUGGUAUUAAUUCAGAUUCACAACUUGGAUACCAUCCAAAGGAUGACAAGUUAAAGAGUCCUGUUGUUCGAGAACCAAGACCUAUUUUUAUUCCUUUGAAAGGAAAAACUGCAAAUAUUUUGGGAUUAUCAGCUGGUAGAGCACAUUUACUUGUGUUAACAGAUGAAGGUCUUUACACAUUAGGGAACAAUGGAUAUGGACAAUGUGGCAGGCCAAUUAUAAACAAUGAAGAUUAUUUGAAAAGUAAAGUUGUGAAUUAUAUACCAGAUAUCAAAGGCACAAAAAUUAAAAGUGUGACUGCUGGCCAAGAUCACAGUAUGCUUGUAACUGAAAAUGGAGAGGUAUAUUCAUUUGGUUGGGGAGCUGAUGGCCAAACUGGUUUGGCCCAUUAUCAUAACGAAUAUAGACCUUCAUUAGUUAAAGGAGAUCUAUCUGGUGAAAAUAUCAUUAAAGUAGCAUGUACUGCUGAUUGUGCUCUUGCACUUUCAGACAAAGGCAAAGUAUUUGGAUGGGGAAAUGCAGAGUAUUCACAGCUACCAGCUCAGAGUGAUAGUCAACAAAUUAACAUUGCAACGCAAUUGAAGAGCUGCAAUGAUUUAGGCAAUAUCAUUGAUAUAGCUUCUGGUGGAAGCUUUUGUAUGGUUUUGAAUAGCGAAGGAGAGGUUUAUGUUUGGGGAUUUGGAAUACUUGGAUUGGGCCCACAAGUCCAAAAAGUUCUGAAGCCAACGCUCGUUCCGAAAACUCUCUUUGGUAUAAAUCCAUACGAACCUGACACAAAGGUAGUCAAAAUAUUUUGUGGAAUAAGUCAAUUAGGAGCCAUAACUAAUGCGGGUCAUCUUUACAUGUGGGGCCGCAAUCAAUAUGGCGGCUUAGGACUUGGAAAUUACAAGGAUCAAUUCUUUCCAUUAAGGGUUUCCAUUGGAGGGAUAGUCAAGAAAAUAUCCUGUGGAGUCGACCACACAGUAUCAAUUUGUAAACCUUUUAUUUAAACAAAUAAAAAAUUACUUUUUAAAUAUUAAAAAGUCACGGUUAUACAUUUGUGAAAAAAAAUUGUUUAAAAAAAUCUAAAAUUUGUACAGAUACACAUAUAUAGAGUUAAGAUUAAGUGUCUUUCGUAAUAAAAAAUGAUGUUUUAAAAAAUA